GUCGGUAAAGUUCACAUUUCUUUUCCCCCAAACCCUAAGCGGUCGGUUACACAGCUGAAGGAUAGUAUUGUUUCCAGGUUUGCUGCGUUCGACGCGAUAAAGCUCUCAAUUCCAUUUGGAACUGUGGUAAUCUUUAGCUAAGAGCAUCGGAGGAGCAGGAGUUGGAGGAGAUCGCGGGCGAUGGCGGCAAUUGCUCUGGCUUCGCUCCCCCUAGGGUUCCGAUUCCACCCCACGGACGAGGAGCUCGUCAACCACUACCUCAAGCGAAAAAUCACUGGCCGGAUCAAGUCCGAGAUGCAGGUGAUUCCCGAGAUCGAUGUCUGCAAGUGCGAGCCGUGGGAUCUUCCAGAAAAAUCCCUAAUUAGGUCGAACGAUCCCGAGUGGUUCUUCUUUGCGCCCAAGGAUCGUAAGUAUCCCAAUGGUCACAGGUCUAACCGGGCCACUGAGGCCGGCUACUGGAAGGCCACGGGGAAGGACCGGAUCAUACGUUCCAAGUCUUCCGCGGCGAAGAGUACAAUCAUCGGCAUGAAGAAGACGCUGGUCUUUCAUCGGGGGCGAGCUCCCCAUGGCGUCCGGACUAACUGGAUUAUGCAUGAGUACCGCACUACCGAGCUUGAGUUCGAGUCUGGCGAUCAGGGUGGUUAUGUUCUUUAUCGCUUAUUUAAAAAGCCAGAAGAGAGGAUUUCAAGCACCAAUGCCGAAGAGAUGGAGGUAAAUGGGUUCUCCCCUGGCGAUACCCAGCAUGAUGCAGAUAUGACGGAAGAAAUUGAAACCCAGAUGAAUCAUGACUCUCCAGAGUCGGACUUGCAAGAAGAGCCACAAUCUAUGCCUGAUUCUGUUCAAAAGCAACCUGCCGAUAUUGAGAUGUGGUUGACUGGUAAAACUGAUGGUUCAACUAGAGUCUCUGUGAAACCAGAGAUGAAUUGUUUCAAUUUGGAUUCACCUGAUGAAGAGGCGAAAGCAAGAGAAAAGGCUGAUCCGCCGCAAGAUGCUUUCGCCAAAUUUUGCGACCAGGAGUUUGCACAGAUAGGUCAUGGUGUCCCUAAUAUCAGUUCCCAAAUUAUGCCUCACUCAAGUUAUCCUUUACUUAGCGAUAUCAAUGAGGAAUUACAUAUAGGAUUAUAUCCGGUUGAUAGUACUGUUGGUGAUGAUCUGGAUGCAAUCUUAAAUUCAAUACUCAGUGUAGAUGAUUGUUCUUCUGGUGCAUCAAUCAUUCCAAAAGAACCAUUUGCUGAGAGUUUACCUGAACACAGUCCCUGGGACUCAGCAUCACACAGGGAUGGUGACUCAAGUAGUGAUAUUGAGACUGAACCGAGUUUACUGCAGCAUGCUGCAGAUUUGGAAACUUGUGAUUGGUGCUGUGGGUCAUCUCUUCUGCCAACUGAUUCCUUGCAGAUAGAUGGUUCUGUUGUUUCUCCUGGCGCAACGAUGCAGUUGAGUACUCUAUAUGAAAAUGCAAGUCUGCUUCCUUAUGACAUUAGUGGGCCAGAUGUGUAUUCGGUGGACUAUGGUGCAGAAUCCUUGCAAGAUUUGUUUAACAGCUUGGAGGAACUGGGUAGCCAGAAUCCUAUAUCUGAUUGUAGGGAUGAUCUUGAGGGGACUGGAAUCCAGAUUAGGAGUCGUCAGGCACAGCAGUAUCAACCAAAUUCAGACAAUUUAUUAUUGAAGCAGGGUACUGCAGGAAGAAGGCUUCGUUUGCAAAGUUCAAUUAGGAAGGUACAAUUUGGUAGUGCUAGUGAUGAAUUGAGCAGUACGAAUGAUGAUCGAGACAAAGAAUCAACUGCAGAAGCAAAACGGGAAUUGUUUUAUAGCAUGGAGGAAGCUAUAUCCGAGAAGAAUGUGACAAAUAGGGAUGAUCUUAUGGAUUCUGGAAUUAAGAUUAGGGCUCAGCAAGUGCAGCAUUCUGCAAAUAAAUUAUCUACGCAGGAGGUUCAAACAUUAAGUGAAUUCACUCGACAUAAUGAGCUUCAAUUUGGAUCCAUUUCUGAUGGUGAAUCAAGUAUCAGAAGCAAUUUUGAGGAUAAAGUUGGAAGAACAGAGGCAAGAGACCAUGCGGAUGAUGGCAUAUCUGAAAGUGAGGAGAGUAGAUUGCCUGCUUUUCUUGACAAGCUUGAGGACUUAUCUAUUCAUGAUGCAGAUGAGACAUCGAGUAAGUACCAAAAAUCCAAAUCUGUGCUCAGGUCGAGAAGAACGUCGACAAAUGACAGUGGCAAUAUACCGACAUACCCUUCAAAUCGAAAGGCACCAAGGAACCAGUCGGUUGUCGCUUACAUGAUUUUUUUGGUUUUCUUGGUGGUCAUCUUGCUGCUGUGUCUCAGGAUAUGGAGGAGCAUGAACUAUCCAGCUGUAUAAAUGUCAGGUAGCUCUAUACAUUUCUUCCUUAGUAUAUAAAGAAAGUAUUCCUUGGAGUUUAGUUUUUCUGAUGUAUAUUAUUUUUGUUUGUGCAUGCAAAUUAUUAUCCUGCCUGUUCAUCUGUAUGUACAAGAUUGAGCCUUUGUGUGUGAUCUUAUGAUAGUGUCAUAAGAUCUUUUCUUCUAGUACUCGGAAAUAGAAGUAUGUAAGCUCAUGACAUUUGAAGUCA